AUGAUUUGCCAGACGGAUCCGGCUUCUCUACUAGAAAAAGUAAGUUCGUACCCAACUGUUAGAGGAUUCACUGCAAUUGGAAGCGGAGGGGAUGAUUUUGUGCAGGCUAUGGUUGUUGCUGUUGAAUCCGUAAUUCAACAACCCGUCCUUGAGGGUCGUGUCAAGCAGAAGCUAUCAUCAGGAGGCAAAUAUGUGUCUGUAAACAUUGGUCCUGUUCAAGUCAUUUCUAGUGAACAGGUCCAAGCUGUAUACAAUGCAAUGAGAAGAGAUGACCGGAUGAAAUACUUUUUGUAGAUUGAUACUCCUCUUCAUGGGUAGCUUUGUACAGAGCACCAAUUUUCUAGGGCAUCCCUUGUCUCGUCGCUGUUGCCCUGACUAGUCUGCUUUGUGCUCUUUUGGAUUUUGGUGUAUUCGUCAGUUAGAGAGCCGAGUACCAGUGGUUCAAAUUCAAUCCAUCUGUUUGCUCAUGAUGUAUUUAAAUUGAAGUUCAAUCCUUUUUUUUUUUUUUUUUUGAGAAUAAAUUGAAGUUUAAUCAGAAAGUAGGCAGUAAUGAAUCUGUAUGUAUUAACUAUUUUCCUUUUCCUUUAAUAUACUAGAAAAUAUUUCCGCGCUUUGCUGCGGAAU